AUGGAUUUUAGUGAUUUUUUAAAUGAAAAAUUAUUUGUAUUAGAUGAUACAAUAAAAACAUCCAGUGUAAAAGGGUCAACAGAUUUAAAAUUAUGUUUGGUUUCAGCGAUCAGUUUAACAGAUUUUAUCAAAAGUUCGCUUGGACCUAAAAGUGGUGAUAAAUUAAUAGUUGAUGAAAAUGGUGAUAUCAUAGUAACAAAUGAUGGUUAUUCUAUAAUAAAGUAUUUAUCAAGAUCUUCAAAAAUUGAAAGUGACAAUGAUAACAGUGGUAAUAAUAGUUAUAAUAUUGGUAAUAAUAUUAAUGAUAAUAAUAAUAAUAAUAAUAAUAAUAAUAAUAAUACAAGUAGUAACAAUCAAACUUUUUCAAAUAAAUCAACUAUCGAAAGAAAGAGGUUUCAAUCUAUAAUAGAAUUAUUAAUUGACACAUGCAGAACUCAAGAGAGGCUAUAUGGUGAUGGUACGACAUCGGUAUUGGUUUUAGUGGGUGCACUAUGUUCAAAUGCAAUGAAAUUAAUCUAUGAAAAAGGAAUACCGCCUCAUAAAGUUGUAGAAUCAUUUCAAAAAUCUUUAAAAAUAGCUUUAAAACUAUUAAAUAAUUAUUAUUUACCGGUUAAAACAACAUAUGAUAAUAGUAACACCAGUAUAGAAAAUAAUUGCAACGAAAUAACAUUAGAAAAAGUAACACAAAGCUCUUUACUAUCAAAAUCAAUUAGUUUUUAUAAAAAAGAAUUAACAAAUAUUUCAAUUCAGUCAGUAAAUUUAAUAUUUGACUAUUGUAAAUCAAUUUAUAAUAAUAACAAAAUAAUAGAUAGUAAUAAUAAUAAUAAUAUAAAUAAUGAUAUAAAUAAAAAUAAUAUUAAAAUUGAUCAAAAAAGAAUUAAAAUUAAAUGUAUUGAAGGAUCAAAAUUAGAAGAUACCAAAUUAAUUAAAGGUGUUUUAAUAAAGAGGUUCUUUUCACAUAAAAAUAUGCCAAAGAUAAUAGUAAAUUCAAAUAUACUGGUUUUAUCGUGUCCUUUAGAGUUUCCAAAACCAAAAACAAACUUUUCAAUUACAGUCAACAGUUUAGAAGAGUAUGAAUCAAUUUUAAAAGUCAAGAGCCAAUACUAUCAAAAUAUAAUAGCAAUAAUAGAGGCAAUUGGUGUUACCAAUUUGGUUAUAGUAUGCCAAUGGGGGAUUGAUCAAGAAAUUAACCAAUAUUUAAGCAACAAGAAAAUCUCCGCGGUUUGUUGGGUUCCAGGAGAUGAUUUAGAAAGAAUUUCCAGUAUCAAUAACUAUAUUGGCCAUUGCGAAAGAAUUAGUGAAAUAGUUAUGGGUAAUGACAGCAGUAAUAGGUAUAUAGAAUUCUCCGGAUGUACAUACUCAAGUACAGUAACUAUAUUGGUUAGAGGCGGCAGUAAAGAAAUGUGUGAAGAAACAGUUCAAUGUUUAAGGGAUUCAAUUCACAUCGCAUCAGGCUGUUUAAAAAAUCCAAAGGUGGUUCCUUCAGGUGGCUCGACUGAAUUAUUUCUAUAUUCUCAAUUCCAAAAUCAACAGUUUUUUAACAAUAGCGAUAAUAAUAAAAAGGAAUUCUCAACAAUACAGAUAAUGGCAAUGAGGUCAUGGUCGGAAUCAUUAUUGUCAAUUCCAAUUACACUAUUAGAGAAUGGUGGUUAUGAUUGCCAAGAUAUUUUAAUGAAAUUAAUUAAACUUCACAACGAAACCAACAUCAACAAAUACUAUGGCGUCGAUAUUAACAAUAUCGAAUCUUUUGAUUUGUACAGUUGCAACCAAGAGAAACUAUUAAAUGAAAAUCAAUCAAUUAUACAGGAUAUGAAAUUUAAGAGUUGGGAAUUAUUAGGUCUAAAAAAAUCAAUUUUAAAACUUGCAACUGAAACAGCAUGCAUGUUGCUUUCAAUAGAUUCUUUUAUUUCAUUAUAA